AUGGCUACAAUGCUGGUACUUAGGGCGGUGUUGUUGGUGACGCUAACCUUCCUCAACCUGGUGAAUGGGGAACAGUCGUACUGUUCGUCCACAAACCUCGGCUCACACUUCGUGACCACCUAUAUGUAUAUGUCGAAUGGUUACUGUUCAGAUGCAUGUCGUUCUGCUGGUUAUUCGAUAGCCAUCGUACAGUACCAGAGCUGUUGGUGUUCCGAUAGUGUGCCAGAAGACACAGUGUCGGUCUCUAACUGUGAUGUUGCAUGUCCUGGUUAUGCUCAAGAGCUAUGUGGCAAUAGUGAUGAGGGCCUCUACGGGUACAUAGUGGUGAGUGACGGAUACUCUACUGUUGGCUCAAGCACCACUCAAAGUACAGAAGAAACCACUUCCGCAACGUCAACGACAUCAUCCACGACGCACAGCUCUCAACAGUCAACUCAGCAGUCGACUCAGAAGACAACACAAGACACUACAGAACAAACUACAAGCUCUUCGUCAUCGUCGUCAACAUCGACGAGUUCAACGUCCACCUCAUCAACCUCGAGGUCAACAACACCUUCCACGUCAACUCUGACAUCGACACCUCCAGCGUCCACUGAAACCACCUCCUUAGCACCUGUAACAUCAAUAGUUUACUCCGUGAUGACAGUGACAGGAUCGGCCACUACCGCGCUGACGACAACCCAGGUGAUAUCUACAAUUAUCAGUGUUCCUUCACAAACCGCUUCGAGCGCUUCAACAUCUGCAUCUUCGUCAACCUCAUCAGGUUCAGGCGACGGAUUCUUCGAUUCUACAGGCAAGGUUGCUGGAGUUUUCACUGUAGUGGGUGUUGUCUGUGCAGCACUCAUAGGUGGGCUGGUAUUCCUCUGUCUACGCCAUCGUCGCCAUUCACAAGACGACCACAUGUCAGAUGAAGAAGACGGGAUGUCUCAUCAAGAUGAAAAGGUUCCUCGCCCAAUACUCACUCCAGACGAGUUCGAAGACAACGGACACGGGGAAGUCGUAGAAGUUGACCAACGACUAGAUCCAAGGCAGAUGAUGUUCAUGAACUGGGAAUCUGGAAGCCGACAGAGUCUUGCAGAUGACGUUGAUUACUCCAGAAGGGUUCUCAGGGUAACAAAUGAAUAA